AGUGAGUAAACAUGGCGGGUUUGUUGUAGGGCUAUUUUGUAAUAGUGAGGUACUUGGGUGGGUUUUUUGUCUGCUCCUUUCCAUGGAGCUUGCAAAGUAUAACACGUUUAUCAAUGGAGUAGGCACGUAGACGUUCAGCUUUUUAUGUCAAGCCAUUUAUUGAUCUUUUAGCAGCAACGUACUGUUUCUUUGACGUGAAGUGUAUUAAUUUUAGUAAAUUAAAAAUGCCUCCUGUGCAGUUGGAAACUAAUCAGUUGGUUCCAGCAUGUGGUCCAACUUCAGGACCCCCUCAUCCAGCUCCAGGCACUGGAGCGCCAGUACCCAGUACUCCUGGAGUUAGGCUUAGUAUGCUGAUUGACUUCUUACUGCAAAGAACCUACCAUGAAAUCACAGUAUUGGCAGAUCUGCUCCCAAGGAAGACUGACAUGGAGAGAAAAAUUGAAAUAGUACAGUUUGCUAGUCGUACCCGACAGCUAUUUGUCCGUCUUCUUGCUCUAGUUAAGUGGGCUAGUAAUGCUGGAAAAGUAGAAAAAUGUGCGACGAUUUCAAAUUUUCUGGAUCAUCAAAUAUUUCUUUUUGUGGACACAGCUGACCGUUUGGCAUCACUAGCAAGAGAUGCUUUGGUUCAUGCACGCCUUCCCAGCUUUGCCAUCCCAUUUGCCAUAGAUGUACUAACUACAGGGUCUUAUCCUCGCUUGCCUACUUGCAUCCGGGACAAAAUAAUCCCUCCUGACCCAAUCACAAAAACUGAGAAGCAAGCCACACUUCAUCAGCUAAAUCAAAUACUCAGACAUCGACUUGUAACUACAGAUCUUCCACCUCAACUAGCAAAUCUUACAGUUGGUAACCAGGACUUGAUGGCAGGUGUGAGUGAAGAACCAACUUUCUCCUACAAGAAAAUUAGAAAUUUAAAAACCUUGUUGAAACACCCUGUUGCGGGUAAAAGCAAGACAAGCAAGAGAACUGUAAAAUGUGGGGCGUGCGACUAUUGUAAACGCAUUAUUGCAACGCCUACAUUUAAUUUAGGUCCCAACUAUACAGAAGUGAGGUUAGUGACAGGAUCUUGUACCACCAAUGGAAUAGUUCACGUCACUGUUUGUCAGAAUUCCAGAUUUGGAAUCCUUCAGAUGCUUAGCCUGCUUAACUGUCUUAAGUCUUCUUUUUCCAUUCCUUUCCUUUUUUCAAGCCAACAAGUCCUUGGAAGGAGAACAGGCACAGCAUCAAUUCAUAAAGUGCAUAUAAGGAUUGAUGAAAAUGAUGUAUCAAAACCUCUGCAGAUCUCCCACGAGCCUCCUCUUCCUGCUUGUGACUCCAAAUUAAUGGAACGUGCCAUGAAGAUUGAUCACUUGUCUGUUGAAAAGUUGUUAAUUGACAGUGUUCAUGCUCGGUGUCAUCAAAAGCUUCAAGAGUUGAAAGCAAUUCUCAAGAAUUUUAACCCCAAUGAUAACUCUUUUAUAGAAACGGCUCUCCCGACUCUUGUUGUUCCAAUUUUAGAACCAUGUGGUCGAUCAGAAUGUUUGCACAUUUUUGUAGAUCUGCAUUCUGGAAUGUUCCACCCUAUGCUUUAUGGAAUUGAUCAGACAAUAUUGGAUGACAUUGAAAAGUCUAUCAAUGAUGAUAUGAAGCGAAUUAUUGCAUGGCUGCAACAACUAAAGUUCUGGCUUGGUCAGCAGCGUUGUAAGCAGUCAGUAAAGCAUCUUCCAACAACCUGCAUGGAAGCAUUACAUCUUGCUAAUUCACUGUCGCAUCCUGUUGGAAGCCUUUCUAAACACAAGUUGUUCAUCCGUCUUACACGACUUCCUCAGUACUACAUUGUGGUUGAAAUGUUUGAGGUUCCUCAUAGUCCUACUGAACUGCAGUACAAGUAUCAUUUUUUGUCGGUGAGUCAACCAGAAUGUGAUGAUACUCCUCCAAUGGCAUUACUUAUGCAGCAGUUUAAACCUAAUAUUGAGGAACUGGUACUGGAUGCAAGACAUGUGAAGCAAGUCAAGAGUGGUGACAAGCGCAAACUGUCUGGUGACCAAAAUGCAGUGGAACCCAAAAAGCCAAAACGGUGUGGAGAGGUAUGUGCCUUCAAUAAAGUCCUGGCACAUCUAGUAGCCAUGUGCGAUACAAAUAUGCCCUUUAUAGGACUCCGUUGUGAGUUUUCCAAUAUGGGGAUUCCACAUCAAGGAGUUCAGAUUGAAGGAAAUGGUUGUAGCCACGCAAUUCGAUUGCUGAAAAUCCCACCAUGUAAAGGUAUCUGUGAAGAGACGCAACGAGCUUUAGAACGAUCUCUUCUAGACUGCACAUUCCGACUACAGGGUAGAAAUAAUCGGACUUGGACAGCAGAAUUGGUAUUUGCAAACUGUCCCCUGAACAGCAUCUCCUCCAAAGAACAAGGUGCAACACGGCAUGUAUAUCUGGUUUAUGAAAAUCCACUUUCUGAACCUGUAGGGGGUCGAAAAAUUGUGGAGAUGUUCUUGAAUGACUGGAACAGUAUUGCACGUUUAUAUGACUGUGUUCUGGAAUUCGCACGAUCUUUGCCAGAAAUACCACCCAACUUGAAUCACUUUUCAGAAAUUCGAGUCUACAAUUACCGGAAGCUAGUCCUCUGUUACGGUACUACAAAGGGCAGUUCUAUUAGUAUUCAAUGGAAUUCUUCCCAGCAGAAGUUCCAUAUCUCACUAGGUACAGUUGGCCCAAAUUCAGGCUGUAGUAACUGUCAUAACAUCAUUCUGCAUCAGCUCCAGGAAAUAUUCAAUAGGACCCCAAACGUUGUACUUCUGUUACAGGUAUUAUUUGAUACACAGGCACCAUUAAAUGCUAUUAACAAACUUCCAACAGUACCAAUGCUAGGACUUACGCAGAGGACAAACACUGCCUAUCAGUGCUUUUCAAUACUGCCUCAGUCACCAACCCACAUAAGGUUGGCUUUUCGCAACAUGUACUGUAUUGAUAUUUAUUGCCGGAGUCGUGGGGUGGUUGCAAUCCGUGAUGGAGCCUACAGCCUCUUUGACAACAGCAAAAUAAUAGAAGGGUUCUAUCCUGCUCCAGGAUUGAAGACUUUUCUGAAUAUGUUUGUUGACAGCAAUCAAGAUGCACGAAGAAGUUCAGUAAAUGAAGAUGAUAAUCCACCAUCUCCUAUUGGAGGAGAUAUGAUGGAUUCAUUAAUGUCACAGCUUCAGCCACAACAGCAGCCGUAUGGGAAACAGCCAGCAACAUCAGGACCAUAUCCCCUUACAUCACCACCUUCAUCGUACCACAACACUGUGACCCCAUCACCUUCCAUGAUACUUGCACAGUCUCCAGUAAAUAUACAUUCUGCAAAUUCUCCAAGUGGUGCAUUGAGAGCUCCUUCACCUGCUUCAUUUGGUCCUAAUCCUUCACCCUCUUCUUUGGGAAUCUCAUUGGGACAGCCCUCCAAUUUUGUUAGUCCACAUGGUUCACAGACGGUACCUAGCAAUAUGCCUCCACCUCGAAAACUACCUCAGAGAUCUUGGGCAGCAUCUAUACCCACAGUUCUCACUCAUAGUGCCUUGCAUGUCCUUCUGCUCCCCUCCCCGACUCCUGGUCUUGUGCCAGGGCUAGCUGGCAGCUACCUGUGUUCACCUCUUGAGCGAUUCCUUGGCUCUGUUAUUAUGAGAAGGCAUCUCCAGAGGAUCAUUCAGCAGGAACUACUGCAGCUAAUAAACUCCAGUGAGCCAGGUGUAAUUAUGUUCAAAACUGAUGCAUUGAAGUGUAGAGUUGCACUGAAUCCCUCAACGUACCAGACUCUACAACUAAAAGUGACACCUGAAAUUACAGGUUCGUGGAUUCCUGAUGAGCUGCAGGUUUUAGAAAAAUUUUUUGAAACAAGGGUUGUAGGUCCACCAUUUAAAGCCAAUACACUAAUUGCCUUCACCAGGUUGUUGGGAGCAUCCACUAAUAUUCUCAGGGACUGCGUGCGAAUCAUGAAAUUAGAGCUGUUUCCUGAUCAGGCAACACAGCUGAAAUGGAAUGUUCAGUUCUGUUUAACAAUUCCUCCAAGCGCCCCUCCAAUUGCACCACCAGGAACACCAGCUGUUGUACUGAAGUCAAAAAUGCUGUUUUUUCUCCAAUUGACUCAGAAGACUUCAGUCCCUCAGGAGCCCAUAAGUAUAAUUGUCCCAAUCAUCUAUGAUAUGUCAUCAGGAACAACACAGCAAGCAGACAUUCCACGACAGCAAAACUCUUCAGGUGCAGCUCCUCUUAUGGUCAGCAACAUUCUAAAGAGGUUCACGGAGCUGCAUCCAUCACGACCAGGUGAAUGCACAAUAUUUCCUGCUGUGCAUGACUUGAUGGCUAAUCUCACACUGCCCCCUGGAGGACGCCCUUAAACAUGGUUGCCUCAACUUGCCCAUUUUAAAAAGGACAAAAUAAAAAGGCAGCAAACCUGGACUCUAAAAAGUAGGAAAAUCCACAUUUUUGUGGAGGACAAUUACAAACGUGAUGUCUGUUAUAAAUAAAUUAUUUUAAAAGCUCUAAAUGUAAUAAGCUGGCAAAUUAUAUUUUCAGGGAUGCACUUCAUCUAAGAAUUAAUGUAUGAAAAAUAUACCUUUGUUUACUGGCUCUUGUACAGUGUGUUUUAUAAAGUACAUUUCAAGACAGAAAGGUAGACUAAUACGUUUACCAGUAAAAUUAAUAAUAGAUUUAUUACCCAUUGUUUUAUACUUCAAGGAAGGAAACACUGUAAUAAAAUUGUCAAAUUGUCAAAUUAUCUAGUUUAUUAGAUUAUGUAAAUGUGCUUUCUUAUGCUUUGGUGUAAUCAUUUCUUCCUAUUUUUCAGUUAAGCCUGUCAUUUUUGAAUACUGUAAAAGCUGUGAGAAACUUUAUAUUGAGACUAUUUUAAUAUGACUGCUUUGAAAUUACAUAAAAAUAAUCUGAGUGCAUGGUGAACAUGUCUCAGGCUGGCAAUAUUUAAUAAAACUUUUUUUUAAUGAA